UGCCAUAAUACAAGUAUAUACCUAUAUAUUUUCGUUAUGAUAUGACGUAUGGCGCAUUGUUUAAAUGCUAACUAGAUGAGGUUAUAAAGAUCGCGAAAGUGACAAUUUAUCGACACUGUUCCAAUUUUUUUCGAUUAUGUAGAAAAGCGAUAAAAACAGGACAAUAUUUUAGUGAAAAUGGUGAGAAAAAAGAGAAGAAGAAUAAAAGAGAAAUAAAGGCCGACGAAUCCAAGAGUAUUAUGUGAUGGAAAAUAAACCGAAAUUUGUCAACAACGUUCAGAUUGAUAGUAUAAAAUAUUUAGAAAGGUUAGAGAUUUUUUCUAUAUAUAUCUUGAGAUGUAAUCCGGAAUCUGAAACAUUAGAAAAAAAAUCCAUGCCUCCGCUCUUUCUCAACAGCUCUCUCUCUCUCUCUUUCUCUUCGAGCGGGAAAGUGAUGUGGAAUUCUGUCUCAGUAUAAAGUUACUUUUCAUCUAUUCGCUAUGUGCGAAGCCAUGGUGGGGAGAGCCAAAUCGACACUAGCGUACGUAGUGGUCAAUUUUGGUGUUAAAAAACGCUGUUUUCAAGGCUUGAGUAAGCUUAUACACGUAAAAUUGCGAUUACGUUCUAAUUUUUAACAUAAAAUGAGCAACCGGAGUUGCUGUGUUGUGAACUGCAAGAAAACAUCAAGGAAAAAUGAUUGUAAAUUUUAUAAAUUUCCGACGGUUAAAUGGAAAAUAAAUCAAAGAAAUAAAUGGAUAGCUGCAGUAAGAAGGCAAAAUGCUGAUGGAUCACCGUGGAUUCCCAAACCAUAUGAUUACAUUUGUAGUGAUCAUUUUAUGGGAGGUAAAAAAUCUGAAGAGGAGGCAAGUCCUAGCUACGUUCCAACCAUAUUCCCUCCAAUCUACAAAUCUUCAAAAGUUAAUGAAUCUUCAGCUCUAAGCAGGUUCAAGCGUUUAAUGGACCGUCAAUUGAAAAGAACAUUACCAUCAACAAUUCGUGCUGAGCCGAAUGUUAUUGAAUCCGUUGAGAAAGCAAUUGAAAAUUCACCAGUUAUUUUAACCGAACAGACAGUUGACCAAGAAUGUCAAGUCAAUUUUUACUCAGAGGGCGAUGUAAAUUCACAAACAUUUAUUUGCAAUCGAUAUGUCAAUGAAGGCAUAUGUUAUGCUGAAAUUCAAACAGAAAUUGUUGACGAUACAAGAUCGAUAAAAAUUAACAGUAAUAACAAAAAAUUCGUAAGCAAAGCAUGUGGUACUCCUCCCAAGAAAUUGAUCCAUCAAGAAACUCAAGCUGACAAUAAUUUUAACGGAUUCGAAUCUAUAACAACGGAAAGAAAUCUUAUUGAUCUUGCUGGAGUAACAUUCGAAAAUUUCGAAUUUUUAUUAAAAAGGAUGUGUACGUCUGUAAAAUGCACAGUGUCCAAAAAAGAUAGACUGUUUAUAUUCUUAAUUAAAAUGAAAACAGGGUUAACAUUCUCAGCACUGGGUGUAUUGUUCUGUGUUCACAGAACAACAAUUUCAAGAAUUUUUUUCGAAACUUUACAACAUUUGGCUGGUGCAACAAGAAAUCUGGUAUUUUGGCCAAAUAUUGAUGCUGUGCAAGAGACAAUGCCUGACUGUUUUCAUCCUGAAUACAGUAACACGAGAGUUAUAAUUGAUUGCACAGAGUUUAAGAUUGAAAUUCUCACAAGUGUCGACAAUCGUGUCUUCACGUAUUCUCAAUAUAAAAAAAACUUUACCGCCAAAGUUCUUGUUGGUAUUACUCCUGCAGGUUUUAUUUGUUUGAAAUCUAAAGUAGCUGGAGGACGAAAAUCGGAUUCUCAAUUAACAAUAGAGUCAGGAUUGCUGGAUUUGUUAGAAAAUGGUGACAUCGUUUUGGCUGACAAGGGUUUUCCGGAAAUUAAAACGGUUAUUGACACAAGUGGUAAAAAAGUGCGAAUGGUUAUGCCACCAUUUUUGGAAAAAAAUACAGCAUUUUCAAGUGAAGAAACUCAACAAACAUAUAGUGUGGCGAGAGUUAGGAUUCACGUAGAAAGGAUCAUGCAGCGAUUGAGGACAUAUCAAAUAUUAAGCAAAAUACCCGAGAAUUUAUUUCACUGCAUCGAUGACAUCAUGCACAUUUGCUGUGUUUUGGUGAACUUGCAACCUCCGAUCAUUUCAAAUAAAAAUGAUAAAGAAAAUGGAGAAUAAAACACAGAUUAUUAUUUUAUUAAACUGUAUAUAUUUUGUAGUACUUAAACAAAUACGUCAAAUUCAUUCAGAAUAAGUACUUAAUAAAUUACUUAAAUCAUUUUUUCAUCACAUUGUUAGAAGUUUUCAAACUUAAGAAAUAUUGCUUUAUAAAAUGAA